GCAUUUGUAUGAACUUUAUUGAGAUGAAUCCCAGGAGCGGAAGUUAUCAGGCUUCUUCUCCCGGCACCGGAAGUCGUGUGAUUCUCAGCAGAGAUGGCGACCGUGACUGUGCGCUCCGCUCCGGUUGGCGGCUUCGAGUUCGGGAACUGCAGGAGAAAUGCUCUUCUGGAAAAGGAAUUUACACAGAAAGGGCACAAGCUUCCUGCAGCUCGCAAAACUGGGACCACAAUUGCAGGAGUGGUAUUUAAGGAUGGGGUUGUGCUUGGGGCUGAUACCAGAGCCACAGAAGGAAUGGUGGUAGCUGACAAGAACUGUUCUAAGAUCCACUACAUAGCUCCCAAUGUCUACUGUUGUGGUGCAGGAACAGCAGCGGAUACAGAAAUGACAACCCAGAUGAUCUCCUCCAACAUGGAGCUGCACUCUUUGUCGACCGGACGUUUAACCAGAGUAUCGACCGCUAACCGAAUGCUGAAGCAGAUGCUGUUCAGGUACCAAGGCUACAUCGGUGCUGCCCUUGUAUUAGGAGGGGUGGAUUGUACUGGCCCCCAUCUGUACAGCAUAUAUCCCCAUGGAUCUACCGACAAGCUUCCUUAUGUUACCAUGGGCUCUGGGUCACUGGCAGCCAUGGCAGUUUUUGAGGACCGCUAUAGACCAGACUUGGAGGAAGAUGAAGCCAAACUACUAGUGCGGGAUGCUAUUGCCUCCGGGAUCUUUAAUGACUUGGGAUCUGGAAGUAACAUCGAUCUGUGCGUGAUCACCAAAAACAAGGUGGAUUAUAUCCGUCCUCACGACGUGGCUAACAAGAAAGGAGUAAGGACAGGCAAUUACAAAUACAAGAAGGGUACAACGGGAGUUCUGUCCGAGAAGAUAACCCAUUUCAACUUGGAUGUGAUGGAAGAAAGUGUGCAGACUAUGGAUAUUUCCUAAACUUUCUCACGUUGGGGCAUUAGGCCUCAGACUUUAUAGUACACUUGAACAUGUUAAACACUUGCUCCCUCCUGAAACUUUUGGUUAGAAAUUAAAUAAAAUGUUCCUGUCCUUUACGUA